ACUCUUCCCUCAGUCUCCUCUUCACUUCGUCGCAAACGCGGCCGGAAAGUGUGGCAGCGCCGGCGCAGGCGCAGAGAGCGGAGGCUGUGGCGGCGGCGGCUGCUAGCCAGUUCCUUCAGUGAAUCCACAAACCUAUUUUCUGAAGAGUUCAGCAGCCUGGCCUUACUUCAGUGAUAAAGGAAGAAAGGCUGGCUGCUAUAAACUUCUUUCAAGAUGUCCAGUAAAGGGAGCAGCACAGAUGGCAAAACAGACUUAGCCAAUGGAAGUCUAUCCAGCAGUCCAGAGGAAAUGUCUGGAGCCGAGGAGGGGAGAGAGACAUCUUCGGGCAUUGAAGUAGAGGCUUCAGACCUGAGCUUGAGUUUGACCGGCGAUGAUGGUGGCCCCAAUCGCACUAGCACAGAAAGUCGAGGUACAGACACAGAGAGCUCAGGUGAAGACAAGGACUCUGAUAGCAUGGAGGACACUGGUCAUUACUCCAUCAAUGAUGAAAAUCGAGUCCAUGAUCGCUCAGAGGAAGAGGAGGAGGAGGAGGAGGAGGAGGAGGAAGAACAACCUCGACGCCGUAUACAGCGCAAGCGGGCCAAUCGUGAACAGGACUCAUCAGAUGAUGAACGGGCUCUGGAGGAUUGGGUGUCUUCAGAGACCUCAGCUCUGCCCCCACCCCGCUGGCAAGCUCUUCCUGCUCUCCGGGAGCGGGAGCUGGGUUCAAGUUCCCGCUUUGUAUAUGAGGCCUGUGGGGCAAGAGUCUUUGUGCAGCGUUUUCGCCUUCAGCAUGGGCUUGAGGGCCAUACUGGAUGUGUCAAUACCUUGCACUUUAACCAGCGUGGCACCUGGCUGGCCAGUGGCAGUGAUGAUUUGAAGGUGGUAGUGUGGGACUGGGUUCGGCGGCAGCCAGUAUUGGACUUUGAGAGUGGACACAAAAGUAAUGUCUUCCAGGCCAAGUUUCUUCCUAACAGUGGUGACUCCACCCUGGCCAUGUGUGCCCGUGAUGGGCAGGUGCGGGUAGCCGAACUCUCAGCCACACAGUGCUGCAAGAAUACGAAGCGGGUGGCUCAGCAUAAGGGAGCCUCCCACAAGUUAGCCCUGGAGCCAGACUCUCCCUGUACGUUCCUGUCUGCAGGUGAAGAUGCAGUUGUCUUCACUAUUGACCUUAGACAAGACCGGCCAGCUUCGAAACUGGUGGUGACAAAGGAGAAGGAGAAGAAAGUAGGGCUAUACACAAUCUAUGUGAAUCCUGCCAAUACCCACCAGUUUGCAGUGGGUGGACGAGAUCAGUUUGUAAGAAUUUAUGACCAGAGGAAAAUUGAUGAGAAUGAGAACAAUGGAGUACUCAAGAAAUUCUGUCCUCAUCACCUGGUGAACAGUGAGUCCAAAGCAAACAUCACCUGUCUUGUGUACAGCCACGACGGCACAGAGCUCCUGGCCAGUUACAAUGAUGAAGACAUUUACCUCUUCAACUCCUCUCACAGCGAUGGGGCCCAGUAUGUUAAGAGAUAUAAGGGCCACAGAAAUAAUGCCACAGUAAAAGGUGUCAAUUUUUAUGGCCCCAAGAGUGAGUUUGUGGUGAGUGGAAGUGACUGCGGGCACAUCUUCCUCUGGGAGAAAUCAUCCUGUCAGAUUAUUCAGUUCAUGGAGGGAGAUAAAGGAGGUGUGGUAAACUGUCUUGAGCCCCAUCCUCACCUGCCUGUUCUGGCAACCAGUGGACUAGACCAUGAUGUCAAGAUCUGGGCACCUACAGCUGAAUCUUCCACAGAGCUUACAGGGUUAAAGGAUGUGAUUAAGAAGAACAAACGGGAGCGGGAUGAAGACAGCUUGCACCACACUGAUUUGUUUGAUAGCCACAUGCUUUGGUUCCUCAUGCAUCACCUUAGACAGAGACGCCAUCACCGGCGCUGGCGAGAACCUGGGGUUGGGGCCACAGAUGCAGACUCAGAUGAGUCUCCCAGCUCCUCAGACACAUCGGACGAGGAGGAGGGCCCUGACCGGGUGCAGUGCAUGCCAUCCUGAGGCCUCACACCAGGAGGGACGGGCUGGGGGCUGCCAACCCGAUCCUGCCUGGACAGCUCUUUUUUUUUGUCCCAGGCUCUUAUAUUCAGCAGAAAUGCACUUUGAACUUUUUGCUUUAGAUAAAAGACAGACAUCCCAGGAGAAGGACAAAACAAAGGAGAAUGAACCAUUAAAGAGAGAGUACCAAGAGUGAGAGUACACCUUGGAUUGGGUUCCGUGGAAAGGUGCCUAGGACUCAGCGAAAACAGAAGAAGUCCUCCUUGAAGCCUUUUUGGAAGGGGGAGGACAUUUUCUUAACUGAUUUGGGGUAGGGGAUGGGGUUUUUCUUUAUGUUCCCUCAUUUCUUGAGUGUGGCAGAGGGACUAAUACCUGUUCAGUACCAGCAGGCCAGAGUGGGGGGUAAGAGUGCCACUCUAUGGUUUAGAUUUUUGGCCUUCCCCCCUGCUUUUUUUUUUUUUUAA